AUGCCUUCAGUCGCCCACCUGGUCCUGGUCCUGGCCACAUUCCUGGCCCGCAUCCGACCCGCGACGGCGACGGCGAAGGCCACCUUCCAAGAGGGCGCAUUGCCGUCCUACCACUACGGCGCCCCCAUUGGUGUCGAGUGCAUGAACCGGAGUGUAGAGACCGGCGAGCACAUCGAGAACCCAGAACACGAGAUACAAUGGAUACCCUUCCCCGCCUGCAACGAGACCGGCAAUCCGCUCGAAUUCCACUACGGCAUCGAGACGGAGCUCAACUGCACCAUUCCCAUGAUCGACGACCCCUUCUUCCAUCUUCUCGAGUUCUACAUCCACAGCGACGCCCCCCUGGCCUGUCGCCUGCCCUCGAGACCACCCGCGCACGUCGAGAUGGUCGGUGACAAGCCGUACGAGCAAGAGUACAUACCGCUGGUCUUUGCGCUGGCCGGCACUCUGCAGCUCAGCCACCUGCACAUCAGCACCCACCUCAACGUCCUGCUCCACAGCACGCCGAAGCACCAUAUCCACCCCCACGAUAGCGGAGUUCUGGACAGUGGCGCCGCGUACAGCACGAGUCCGCUGAGCCAUAUGGACGGGCUCUCCACGCGAAAGCUCAUCAUUGGCGACCCCCUGCCCUUGAGCUUCAGCGUGCGCUGGUUCCCGACCCCGGCACUGCCCAAGACGGAGGGCAAGGUCGAGUGGGCAGGCAUGGGCGGGCACGUCUACGCCAGCACCAUCUUCUACUCCCUUGUGUCCUUCAUCGCCGGCGUCUUGGGCUCUGCCGUGUACUUUUUUGGCAUCAUUCUGCCUAAGAGGCUGAAGGGGAGAGGACUCGGCGGCGCCACGCCCCUGGGGUACGGCAUGAAUGGCGUGGGCAAUGGAUGGGGCUACUCGAAGAGGAUUGACUGA